GUCGCGCCGCCUUCUGACGUCUUUCCGCCAUCGCGAGUCCGGCAUGAGGAAAGCGGAGCCGCUGGUGGGCUCGGGGCCGCCUUCGCCCGGCGCGUCGUCCUCCUCUUCCUCCUCCGUACCCGGCUUCUUGGCCAAACUUUGGUCCCUGGUCGAGGACCCCGGGAGCGACGAUGUAAUCGCGUGGAGCCGGAACGGACAGAAUUUUUGCAUUUUGGAUGAACAGAGGUUUGCUAAAGAAUUGCUCCCUAAGUACUUCAAACACAACAAUUUGUCUAGCUUUAUACGACAGCUCAACAUCUAUGGCUUCAGGAAAGUGAUUGCACUUGAAAAUGGCAUGAUCACCUCUGGCAAGAAUAUUGCCAUUGAAUUUCAGCAUCCGUUUUUCAAGAGAGGGAAGGUGGAUUUGCUGGCAAACAUCAAGAGGAAGUCUACCCUGUCACAGGUGGCCACAGUAAGGCCAGAAGAUCUCAAAAUCUGUCCAGAUGACUUGCACAAAGUGUUGUCAGAGGUCCAGGAGAUGAGGGAGCAGCAGAACAGCAUGGACAUCAAGCUGGAAAGUAUGAAAAGGGAAAACAAAGCCCUCUGGAAAGAAGUGGCCUUCCUCCGUCAGAAGCACAACCAGCAGCAGCAGCUCUUGUCGAAGAUCGUUGAAUUUAUACUGGGUUUAAUGAGAGGAAACUGCAUUUUGGGGGUCAAGAGAAAAAGGUCUUUGGCCGAUGCUUCAGACCCUUCGCCUCCAAAAUUCAGCCGCCAGUACAUGCGCAUUCCCGUGGAAGACUGUGAAACCACAGCCCUUUUGGAUCAUGGCCCAGACUGCCAAGACUCCAUUAUCAUCCGUGACAUCACAGAUGCUCAUGAGGAAGAGGAGGAAGAAGAUGCUGCUGCCCCAGAGAGGUUUUUGGCGCUGGCGCACUCCAAUCAUGAAAG